CACUGACCCCCUUUGUUUACAACGCCAGAGAACAAACGAAACAAAAACAAGUUGAACGCGAGUCAGUUAUUUUUGUACCUUGUUCGAAUACGCGUCUGUUAAUUUUGUCAUUUAGUAUCUUAUUAUACAAUUUUCAUAUUAUUUUCAUAAUUAAGUUACAGUUUACUCACAUAUUGCGACGUGAGAAUAAAAAAAGUAUUUUAAAAUAAGCAAGUCUUUGUUCAAACAGUGAUACGACGCGACGUUGCCGUUCUUCUUCCCUACUUUUCUUAUUAGAGAAAUCUUUUACUGGAGGUGUCCCAGUUAGAAAUUUAGCAUCAUAAGUUAAACCUGUGAUAAUUUCGUGCGUGAAUUUCAUAAAGUAAUGCUACAGUGUUUUGAAAUGUGUGUCUCUGAACGUUAUACAUUAUCUGACGCAAUCCCUAUCUGGCAACAGCGCGAGGAAUCGGACUGAAUAAUUUACUGAUGUAUUAACAAAAGUCCAUUGGAUAUUACCAUUCAUCACACAAAUUUUAAUUUUUAUGAGGUACUAGGGCCCUCGCGCCCGGUCGCUAAACCGUCGGGAAACGAGCUGUGGGCGGAUCGGUGCGGGCAUAUACAACGACAAGAAGCCGCUGAUUGCUCCUGCACUCGCUUAGGUGCCGAUUCACCCUCAACUCGCGCCAAUAAUCCCGAUAAUGUUGAGAUCGGGCGCGGGGCACCCGGAUGCUGACCUUUCCGCAGCGUCCACGUCGCGGCAACGCUCUCCUGAGGAGGAAGCACAACACAUGUACGCGACGCUAAACGAGUACCUACUGCUCGAACAUAAGUCUCAACCGAAGCUCUGCUUGCCGGCUGAAUCUGAGAAUGGCGAGGUGACAACGGGUGCGCGCGACGGCGCUGCCCACGUGCUGAGAUGUCUCAAAAUAUGGUACGACCUGCCCGCAGACGUCCUCAUCAGUGCCAUCAACUUGUUUGACAGGUUCCUGACAAAGAUGAAGGUACGUCCGUGCCACGUGCCCUGCAUCACCGUCUCCUGCAUGAACAUCGCGCUGGAGCAGUACGCUGCCGACACUAACACUAAACGUAGCAUUUCCGUAGAGGAACUAGUAUCAAUAUCCCAAUCGGCGUGCACAGCUGGUGAUGUUCUGCGCAUGUCUCGCGUCAUAGUGGACAAGUUGAGCCUAGUGGCUGGGUGUCGGGUGGUCACAGCGCUCGACUGGUUGAGGCUGCUCCGCUCUAUGUUGCUGCUGCAGGCCGAACACUGCGGGGUCAGCUUGCCCGCUGGCUGCCAGGAAGAGGAGUUAGUUCAGAUGCUGGAGAUCGUGUCGUGCGACGCUGCCUGCGUCAACACUCGUACCAGUGAGCUAGCGCUAGUGUUGCUAUACUACAAACUAGAGCAACAGUUGGCGGAGUGGUCUUCGAACGAAGAGACCGUCAUCCCCGAGGAGCACGCGUACUAUCUGUUUGACUUCGCAAGACAAGUACAGCUGCACUGUCAAAUGAACGAGGCGUCCCUAUGCGCGGCCCGGGCCCGCGUCCGCCACGUAGUGUCCCGGUACGAGCGCUGCGAGGCGCGUCGCGACAGGCAGCGACUUGUAUGGAGACUGUCCGAACGCACGCUCAAGGUUCUCCGACCAACUGAUCGUUUGACAUCACUCCUGCCUACAAUAGAAGAGCAACAUUUCGCAGUCGACGCCACGCCCACCAGGACCAGAUCGGGCAGUGUAAGCAGUGAAAACGAAGAGACAUCAGAUUGGCCGCGCAGUCCUGUUCUACCAGUAUACUGUGACAACUGAAGCAUCCACGCGACCCGGCACCAACGGUACUUAUAGUACCACUCGUCCAACAGACAGCCCGGUAUUUACCACUACUUAAAACAACACAUUGUAGUGACACUCGAGAUAAAAAGUACCCAGUGACUUUGGGAGUCGUGUGGUACUUUUAGUGCCAUGCGAUUCCUCAGCAGUCUUAUAGUGGCAAGUUUUUGUGGAAGAAUACAAUGGGAAGCUGAACCAUUAUUGGUAAAUCGAAGAGAGAAGAAUUGAGUUGAUAAUUAGUUACUUUUGGAGUAUUUUGUGACGAUUUCUUGUGUCAUAAAGGUCUGAUAGUGUGAAACAACUCCAUAAGUCUUAUAGAUGCGUAUAUUGACUUAAUCGUCGAAGAAGAAUGUACCAUUACUGGUGGAAUAAAUAUUAUGAAGAUUAUAUGGUACUUUUAAGUGGCAUACGGCUCUACAAAGGUUGAAAACAUCGAAUUUAAAAUAGGCGUUGUGUAUGCAAUAUAGACAUUUAUGGUACUUUAAGUGUCAACAAAUCUUAGUGCUAACUGAAACCUAGUACUAGGACUACAAAGUGUCACGAAGACUUAAUUUUUUCUCGAGUGGGUACUAAAUUGAGAACGAAAUUGUGUUAUUAAAGAUGAUGGCAUGGUAGGUAUGAAGAGAACAUCUCUUGAUUGCGUCGUUAAGAUAAUAAAUAUUACACGUGUUUAGUAAAAGAUGCUUAUAUUAAUUACUUGGUAAUAAUUGGGUAGUUUCCUAGGUC